CUCUCGUUUGUUAUGGCAUACUGUUGCUACGCGAAGUCAAAAAGCCGCCAAGACUUCGGCGCCUUCUCUAAUUAUUGUCGCAUUUUGUGGCUUUUUUUCUAAGUUGGGGCCAUUGCAUUAUAGAUACUUCAUGUAUUAAGGUUAUGAUAUGUGGCAAGAUAUUGAAACCUGGAAAUGAAGCCACUGUUGUGGAUAUAUAACUGACUUCUAUGCAAGUUGUCAAAACUGGAGUACAAACAAAAACACUAGAGGUAGAAAACUAUGCUACAUAAACUGCAAUAAUUGUCCCUGGAAAGAAAAAUACACGUGGUGAAUUUUUUUACAUCAUGGCCGAAGCACAAGCUCAAGUACAACCAGAAGAAUUUGUGCAAAGCGAGGAUGAAAUUGAAAAGGAAUACAUGGCCUCUUCCGGCGAUGCUCCAAAACCCAUAAAUUACGCCAUCAUGUCUGAUUCGCGAUCUACAAUUUCCUCUACUGCUAUAAGCCGUACAGAGACUCCAGACGAAAGUGCCUAUACAUUUGGAAUACAAACUGUGCCUGAUGAUGAAAAGCAAGAAGAUCCUGAAAAAAUCCGCCAGGAUGUAGCAGCCCGAGGAAUUCUACGAGACAAAAUGGAACUCGAAGGUCCAACGCUAAAAAGCACGUUAGUUGCUGCUGCACUAGAAAAUGAUGGCAAUCAUAAUAACAAUGUAAUAACUGAUGAAGUUGAACAAAAAGAGACCGAACCAGCUGAAGCAGAAAAAACAGAGACUCAUUCAGCAAAGCCAACUAUAUUAGCUUACAGGCGAGAGUCUGAUUUGAUUGACACCCGCCCAUCAUCAGCAAGCUCCACCUCCACUCAGGAAGUCCCUGUUAGUGGGGAGCAAGAGCUUAAGAGACAAGUAUCUUUCCACAAUGACGAGGAGAAAGAGCUCGUUCAAAUGGGACAAAGAAUGACAAGUUUUAUAUCCAGGCCUGGGAAUCUACCUGUUGAACUUUCUACCACAUGCACACAGACUGAAUGGAGUUGGUUGAAGGAUAUUGAGUUAUAUGAGGAGAUUUUGAGCCGAAAGCCUGAGUGGGUGGCUGAAAAGAAACCACGAAAAGAAUCCAAGUCUUCAGCAGGAAGUAGUAAGUCAAGCAUAUCAAGACAAAGACGUAAGAAAAAAUCAUCUAAACGAUCAAGUCCCCCUCCGAUAGAUAAAACAAACAGCAUUGAUAAGAAGGAGAGCUACAAAGAUGAUGUUAGUGGUGGAAUUUCUAGAGAGUCCUCUCCUCUCCUUGUCAAAACAAGAAACUCUUUGGAGUCGCCCCUUCCCUCAAUCUCCAGGGACGACGACCUACUUUUAAAUGCUACUACUGUAGAGCUCUCUUCUAGUAAUGACACUGAUGAUGACGACUCUUACUUCCUGGAUGAAGAGACUUUAAUACCGAGUAUUGGACCACCAGCCAUCCUACAGUACAUCAAGGAAUCUCAACAUCCUCCGCUAACAAAUGAAGAGCUGGAGGAGAGAGACAUUGGCGGAGAGUUCCUAAAGAAAAGUGUGUUCAGCGGGCCGUGCAUGUUUUGUAAGGAGGAAGUAUUGCCAUUUCCUACCAUAGAAGAGAUUGAAAGCCUUUCUCCAGAACAGCUUUUCUGCUGCCCUCAGUAUGAAAGAUUUAUCAAAUUUGAGCUAACUCAUCGUGGGGAUGAAUCACAUAUCCGUGAUGAGUUGAUUGACAUCAAACCCCAUCCACCUUACGGUACGAAGGCAGCAAGACGAGCAGCUAAAGAACGUGCUGCAGAACGGGCCAGAGAACGUGAGAUGGAAAGACAGAAAGCUGCUGGCAAUCCUACUAACUUCUAUGCAUUGACAAGGCAAAUGAAAACAAUUAAUUACUCCUUGGCUUCCACUAAAUGCAUGGAGGAAGGAUGGACUGUCAAGCCACGAUCACCCACACCAAGCAUAGAUGGACAGGGGGAGGACCAAUUUGUGAUUGAAGUCAAUCCAUUACAAAUGCAAAAGAGAGCAUUUCUGGAGCGUUUUUAUGAAGAUGGCCAAAGGUUUCUACUGGUACUGCCUGAUGGCACUGGCUGUUGCUACUACCCCAGUGGCAAUAUUGCUGUUCUGAUCACUUCAACAGAGAGAGGGAAGUUCAAUUACUUGGUCUAUGAGGAUAGUGACGAGUUUGACAUACAACACACUGGCACCCUUGCAUCAUUCGACCCAACGGGCCACGGGACCUGCUACUUCCGUAACGGCGCAGUAAGACUGGUUGUUGACCCGUUUGGCGGCGUGUUGCUAGACAGCUCAGGAACAAGGAAGAAAAAGUGGCUGUGGCAUAACCACAAGACACACGUGCAUGCCCCGCCCUUCCAGCCAAUCACCUUUAGUCUGACUAAACAACUAGCUAUACGCUGCUUGUCGCAGAACAAAAUUGUGAUCACAUACACCCAUGGAAAGCACACUGCGAAGUUCAACGUCGGCUCCAAGCUCAAGGCGGUGCGCAACCUCAAACCUCCCAUAGACAGAGACGAACAUGAGUUACACUUGGCAGAAGUCAAGCAAUUUAUCAACAUCCUCCUUGACCGUACCCAGAACGCGUUGAGGCUACCUAACUACCCGCGCCUCGACAAGAUCCCUCUCCCUCAGCGAUUACAAAAGACUAUGCGGAGAGAGAAACUACGGCCGAUUCGGUCAGAAAGCCGCACAGACAACGCCACAGUCACUGUGAAUUAGGACGAGAACUAACUUACGUAUCAGAUAACUAUUUGUAUAUUAUUGAUAGCAACUAUUUGCAACUAUUUAUACGUGUAAAUAAAGCAUGAUUUUGGAUAA